CUCAUACUACUUGUGACUUGCAUUUGCAUCUGCAUCUGCGUUUGCACAGCUAGCCUGCUGACUCUAGACGCAUCAAAGCGCCACGCCGAAAUCCCGAACGCAUAAAGGACCGCCCCAGACAGCAGCAGCCUUAGCGUCAAAACUAGUUGCUAUGUAGGUGCCUCCUGCUGCUGCAUCGACUUUCCAAGCAAGAGGUACAUGGACCCCCUCGACAGCCUAAAGACAUCGAGCAGACGACCUUCUGUUCCCAGACGAUCAUCUACUCGUGACACACACACACUCUCUCUCUGCUUCCUUACAGCCGACCUCUCAGUUGUACCUCGAUCUCACAUCCAAUCCAACCAACAAAGACGCAUCCGAAUUCGUGCAUCAACACCACAAAAAGAUGCGUGCGGUCUCUGUGGCUCUGCUGACGAGUCUCGCAGCGCUGCUGAGCACUCAAGUCGUCGAAGUUCGCUGCCUGGACAUGGUCAUCGACAACGAUUUCAGUUCGAACAGCGUCACGCCCCUCUUUCCAGCUUUAGCGAAUGCAAAUGUCAGCCUGCUGGCCGUCACGUCGGUCACUGGCAACACGUGGAAUGCGCAAUCCGUAGGGCAUCUCCGACGCUAUCUGCAAGCAGUCGGCACAGCCAACAAUUCCGACUCGCAGCGCGCUGCCCAGGUCAAGGCAGUCUCGGGCGCGAAUCGAGCGCUGGUCCGGACGCCAGACAGCUACGAGGCUGAUGCGGCCCUCACGGGGCGAUUGCGCUUCGCUGGAGCUUAUCGACCUUUCAACGCUACAGCAGAAGCGGAGGGAGCAGAUCCGUCCGGCGACUUGCAAAACAAUGCGCGAGUCACACUUCAAGGGCAAGAGAGACCCGGACCUCUCUCUGGAGCGCUGCAGGAGUCUGCCAAUCUCUACGCUCCCAACUUUCUCGUCGAGAAGUCGAGGGAAGCACGAGCAAAGAAUGCGACUUUUAGCAUAGCCGCCAUCGGCCCAUUGACCAAUCUGGCUCUGGCGCAAGCUCAAGAUCCAGAAUUUCCCAAAGGCGUGGAGCUGUGGUAUCAAGGCGGCUACCUAGGCACAGGCCUCGAAGCUGUUCUCUCCGUCAUCAACAGCGAUUACUACGUGGACCUCAACACCGCCAUCGACCCAGAGGCGGCCAAAGCAGUGCUGAGAGCUCCAUACGCCCGAAUCGUCUGCGUGGCCGACUUCACCAGCAAGAUCAUCGCCUCCAACGACACCUUGUCCCGCGCUGCCGCACUGUCGGACUCUGCAAGCGAUGAUCAGCGAUACCUCGCCCGUCAAAUUUCCGAUCCUGUCGAAGUUGGCCUGCCUGCGUGGGACGACAUUGGCGUCGCUCUGCCCAUCUAUCCUGAACUCAUCACCAAGAGCAUCAAAGUGCGUCUGGAUGUGGAUGCCAGAGCAGGUGGACCGGCGUAUGGCAAAGCUUUUGCGUGGCUGGACGAUCUAGCACCUUCUGGUCUGCAGGAGGUCGAGUUUCCUUUGUCCAUCAAUGAGACUCGCUUCUUUGAAAUCUACGUUUCAGCUGCGCAGGCGUUCAUCAAUCCCAAGUAGAGAAGCUGAUGAGACUGUACCCCUGCCUUGAAACCCCGAGGCAGUCCACUCAGACUUGUGCACCUUUCAAAUUCGGUUCUGCUUGUCUGCCAUCCAUGCUUCUAAAAGGUCACGCGCCAUCAUGCUCGCCCAUGCAUACUACUCGGCUCGCUCUCAAUGCACUGAAUGACUUGACCAUCACA